AUGGAUCAACCACGCACUCGGUCUGCAAUUGCAGAUCUCCCCGUCGAGCUUUUCGUUUAUACUCUUUCUCUCGUCGUUGGCUUCAGCGCUGGGGACGCGUCUCGAUUGCUCCCCGUCUCUCGGCGCGUCCACGACGUUAUCCUUGGAACACCUUCUCUUUGGACUCGCGUUGCUUUUGUCCUUCAAGCCGAUGCUUUGACCAGCAUCCUUGCUGGGAUUGAUCAAGCUCUCGAGAACUCUGCAACCCUGCCCCUCACGUUGGUCUUCUCGGUCACUGCUCUCCCUUCCGUCGUUGUGCUCAACCAGGUCGUCCGUCGAGUCUUUUCUUCCGGAAGCCGUUGGCGAAUUAUGAGGAUCACUUUUAUCGGGGAGUGCAAUAUGUCCCAUCCUCAAUCUUGGAUUUUGGGACUCUGGACACUCACCGAAGUAGCUGGAGGGGCGUCUCCUUUCACCCGCAUGGAAGAACUCAAUAUGGACCCAACGGACGCUUGUGUACACCAACUGGGUCGCUUAACACCCUACAACGUUGAACAUUUGCACUUCCCCCGACUUUUUCCCAACCUUCGAAAACUGAGGCUGGUCAAUGCUUCUUUCCAGAACGCAUGCAAGCUGGGGGCGCAAUUGGCUAUUACCAGUCUUGAAGAGUUGGAAUUGGUGGGUAUUUUCUGGCAGGCCUCGACGUUUUUGGUGCGAGAUAUUCUGGAGAAGGUUCCCGGACUGAGGGUGCUCAAGUUCAAGGCGAGGGAGGUUAAUUAUCGGGUUGUGCCAAGUCAAGUAGGAGAUUCCCCUUUGGCUAUCACGCUGCAUGCUUGCUUGGAACGGCUGACUUUGGGAGGCCCCCAGGAUUUUCUCAAGAACCAACUUCGGUCUCUGAAUUGUCCCUCUCUCAUUGGCCUCGUGCUCAAGUGGAAACCGAGUAGGAAUACAUCGGCUAACCCACCCGAGCCAUUUGAUCUCGUCGGGGAGGUGCUCGAGAUGGUCAGUCGAUCUCGAUGUCGGCUAGCCUCCCUCCGCCUCGAGAAAUUUGCCCUCUCCAACGAUGAUCUAGUCCGCCUAUUCGUCGAAUUGCCCCAUCUCCGUACGAUUUACCUUAUCCUGCGAGAUGGAGGCGGAGCGAAUGGUGGGUUCCUAGCAGAUCUUUUGGUUAGGUCAAAUUCGGAACCCAUUUUGCCUAGGUUGGAACGGCUCUCGGUUUCGACGAUUCCAGAGCGAGCAGGGGGGACGCCGUACACCUUCCCAUCGAACGGGUUUGUUGAUUUUGUCCAGGAUGAGAGGAGGUCUGGUCAAGGUCCGUUUGCUCGGCUUAGGAAAGCCACGCUCGCGUUUCAGCCGGCUGGUGUCGUGUUCUCUCAGGUCAGGCCCUGA